AGGUCAAUUAUAGACAUUCCAAACUCAAAAAGAGUUAGUCUGUUAGAGUAUGGCAGAUAAAGUGAAAAGCCAGAAUGGUUCUUCCAAAGCAACUCGAGUAACUAAGCGUUCAACUGACUCUUUUCGCUCGACACCAAACUCCAUCGUUACCAUUGAUUUUGGAACGACACACUGUUCAGUAUCAAAGCUAACUGACAUCAGGACAUGCCCCAACCCUUCUGCAUUGGAGCCAGUGAUGCUGAAACUUGACACUGAGGGUCGAAAGAGAAUUCCUUCUUGCAUCCUCUUUGACCAGUUUGGCAACAUGAAAUCCUUUGGAUAUCAAGCAAGAGAUCAAUAUUUGAAACUUUCAAAGAAAGAAAGACCACUUUCUGCUUUCUUUACCCAAAUCAAGAAGGAAAUUCAAAGAAAAGAAAAUGUUGGUAGAAACCACAAGAUCCAAGCUAUGAAUGGAAAAGAGUACUUUCUCAUCGAUGUGAUUGCACACAUUCUAUGCUACCUAAAGGAGAGGGUUCUCGGAGAACUUAAAGAUUUCGGGCUUCACAAAAGCACUCCAAAAGUUACAGACAUUGACUGGGUUAUCACUGUCCCUGCCAUCUGGAAAGCAAGUGGAAAAAAAAUGAUGCGGGAGGCUGGAUACAUGGCUGGUUUAUGUGAUCCUGUUGUGACAAUGGGAAAGUUAAAAGAUUCUGCAGCGGAACCAGGACAACGUCAAUCAAUGGGGGAAUCUCAUCCCGAAAAACUAUCUCUUGCUCUGGAGCCCGAAUCUGCAGCAAUCGAGUGCAAGAAGGCGAUUUCAAAAGAUAGAAAUUCCAUAAAGGAUGUGAAAUACUAUAUGAUUGUUGAUUGCGGUGGCGGUACUGUGGAUAUAGCUACCCAUGGAAUUGUCGGUGUUCAUGUUGAAGAAUUAGUACCUUCGGCAGGUAACAUGAGUGGUGGAACAACCAUUAAUGAAAGGUUUCGGGACUUUUUGAGUGAUUUUGUUGGUGAUCCUGAUUUUGUUCAGUACUUAAAUGUACCUAGAGCUGCGGACAAAUCAAAGCGGGUGUCAGAGAUGAAUUCAAUCGUGUACACAAAGUUUGAAGAACAAAAAAUAUGUUUUGGCAAUCAAGUGCCAGGAAGCAAAGAAAGCUUUGUUGUCGAAUUUCCCUUUGCAUUUGCACAAGACUUUGGUGAAUUGAUGGAAACGAAGGCAGCAGAACAGGCAAGAAUGUUAGGCCACACAAAUGUAGGGAUCGAGGAUGAUGGAUCACGAAUGAGAUUAUCGUAUGAACAAAUGGCCGAAUUUUUCAAGCCUACAAUUAAAGAAAUUGGUAAAUUGAUCUGUGACCACAUUAAAGAAAAUAACUUGGUUUCAACAAUCGACACCAUUUUUUGGGUAGGCGGAUUUGGCGGGUGCAGGUAUUUGAGAGAUCAACUUGAAGCAGAUAUUGGCAGCAACUUUGGUACGAGUAAAAUUCAGUAUAGUUGUCCACCAGAGCCACAGUUAGCCGUAGUGAGAGGUGCACUGGCGUUUCGAUGUGAUCCUAGUGUGAUACAGCAGCGAAAGGCUGAUGCUACGUAUGGUAUCGAAUGUAGAAUACCAUUUGAUAAAGAUAAACAUCGAUUAGACUACCGUGUCGACGAUGCAGAUAACUGCUCCAAAAAGUGGUGUGCAAAUAUAUUUUCAACUUUUAUCGAGAGAGGCGAGAGUAUUUGCACAAACGAAGUUUUUGUUUGUAACUAUUCACCAGCCUCUCGCUCACAGAAAACCAUUAGGUUAACUUUCUACAGUGCUCCACAAAACAAUGUAUGGUACACAACUAAUCGUGAUGUCACUGAGCUAGCCAAAAUGGAUAUCAAUAUCGCUGGCUCUGGUCGGGAUAGGGAGAUCGAGGUAGUUUUCGAUGUGACGCACACUGAAAUACAAGUUUGUGCACGAGACAAGCUGAGUAAGAACGAAUACAAAAUUAUUGUUGAUUUUCUGUCUGCAAAAAAUGACUAAACGAUUUACAUAUACAUUACUGCAUGUGUUUUUAAGUACACAUGCAUUUACAGUGGUUUUCCUUACCUUUGCAGGCUAUACUGCAAGAGCACUGCAACCACAAUCAUUAUGUAGUAAAUAUAGUAUUUUGGUUGGCUUC